GAAAUCUCGCUUCUAGGCGAAAGCAACCGUGGCACUUCUUGGGCGGAGGGAAUACCCCUCCCGCAUGCGGCGGCGGCGGCGGGCUCCGUCUUCUCGUAGGCAUUCGAAGUAGGGCAUGAGCCCCUUCGCCGGGCGCCUUUGGCGAUGGAUUCCCACACCGCCAAAUACCUGGGCUGCUUUUUCUGGCCGCUGGUCGUCUGUCUGCCGCUGGCCCAAGGAGCUGCUUGCAAACCUGGUUGUCAUCCAGUGAAUGGAUUUUGUGAAGUUUUCAAUGAAUGCAGAUGCCGAUUUGGUUGGCAAGGCCCUCUCUGUGAUCGGUGUGUUCCUUUCCCUGGCUGUUUGCAUGGGACAUGUGUCAAACCAGGCCAGUGCAUGUGUGAAGAAGGAUGGAUUGGUAGCCGCUGUGACACAGUUGUUCAUCCUUGUUCUUCCAAGCCUUGUUCAAAUUACUCAAAGAAUUGUGUCGAGACAGGAAAUGGUGGAUACACUUGCUUGUGCGCUCACGGCUAUAUGGGAAAAAACUGUCAUAUGAAAAAGGGACCCUGUAUUGUUAAUGGCUCGCCUUGUCAAAAUGGAGGAAGUUGUUUGGACGAUGAUGGGUUUGCACCUUACGCAUCUUGCGUAUGCUCUCCAGGAUUUACUGGACAGUUUUGUGAGCUUGACAUUGAUGACUGUGAACCAAACCCCUGUGAAAAUGGAGGCACCUGUGCAGAUAUUGGCAAGAGCUUCCGCUGCUCUUGCCCUAUUGGCUAUGGAGGUGCGUUGUGCAGUAACCGCGUCCCGGCUUGUGAUAGUAGCCCUUGUGAAAAUGGUGGGACAUGUCAUGGACACCAUGGCAGAGGCUUCAUGUGUAUUUGCAAACCAUACUUUGCUGGCCCCACCUGUAGUUUUUCCAUUAGAAAUACAAGUGUGAAUGUGGUAGCUAAACAAAGACACAAUCAGAAUCGCCACCUGCAUUCGCCAGGGCACCUUAAACCAGCUCAGCUGCAAGAGAAGGAAAUACUGACCAUAAAACAGACAAUUGAAAACAGGCAGUCCUUGCUCACUAAGAGUCAGGUGAUCUGCUUCAUGGUCCUAAGCUUUCUUACAUGUCUUGUUGUUUUGGGUACAACUGGGAUUAUAUUUUUCUCUAAAUUUGAAGUGUGGCUAUCCAAUGCCAGAUACAGCCAUUUACUGCGCAAGGAGAGGGAUUGCUUUCUAAAAGCAAAUGAUGAUGAAAACGUUUCUGUGAAUAUAAUAUUUCCCGAGAAGAUGAGCCAGGGUGAGGAAUAGUCUGUGUAUCUAAAUCUUUUUAUUUAGCAAGGACACCUCAAGCUCCAUACAUGUCAGGGAGACAGAUCCAUUUUUAUUUUUACCUGUGACAAAAAUUCUGGCUUUGGACCAGUUGACAAAGAAGAAAGAUGCUCUGCUUUUGCCAGAGAAAUACUCAUUUCCCAAACAUGUUUUCUAGUUCAAUUGUUUUGUGAACCAGGAUUGCAUAAACCUUUGGAGACUGAAGGCUACAUUUAGCCCUUGAGUAGAAAGCUAGGGAUGCAAAACAGAAGAAUCUGGCCUACAUUAAAAAAAAUUAAUGUAAGUUUUAGUUUAUUUAGUUAAUUAACUAUAAUGCAAUUACUCCUCAUGCAUUUAAUUGCUUUUCCAUUCAUUCUGCUUGCCUUUGGAAGUUGUGGGGCUUUCAUCACCCGAGACUUUCAAGAAGAGAUUGGACUGCCAUUUGUCAG